UACCCGAGUAGCACCUUAUCUGCUUCCAUUCCGGGUUAAUAUCUCUUCACUUUGGGUAUUUAAACAGCUGAGGUUUCCCCUCCCAGUCUUUCUAUGUAAGCUGCAGAGCGACACCUCCCACUCCUCAGCGCAAGUUAGCAGUAAUAUUCAGUAGAUAUGUUUGCAACAACAUUAUUUUCACGUGAUAUUUAGAAGUGCUUGCUUGCAAUCAAUCUACUGGAGUUUAGCAGAACUUUUUUAUGGGUCUUCAGAACACAUCAAGUCCUUCUAAAACACUGGAUGGGGUUCAUGGAGUGCAUUUACUUCCCCAUUCGCCAUUCACAGCUUGUGAGAUUUCUCAGCACGAGGAUUGCAAUCUCUCCACAUAUGAAAGCUCCAGGCCGUUUGCAGCAAACCAACGAUUGUUAAUGACACGAGUAUGGCAGCAGAGACCACCGUGCUUCAGGCCAAUCCACUGUAACCUUCAAGGGGAUCAAAACCUUGCAGAAACCAUUGUUAAUGUGCUGACAUCCCUACCUUUUGUUGCUCUUGGCAUCCAGGUCCCACGGAAGAAUAUGAACAAUGCGCUGUAUGCUAAUUCGUUAAUUGGUGUUGGAGUUGCCUCAAGUUUAUAUCACUGUUCAAGAGGGGAUAUCAGGAAGUAUUUGCGAUGGGCCGAUUAUACAAUGAUAGCCACGGCAACAGUUUGUCUUUCAAAUGCUCUCAGGAAUGAGAAUCCAAAAUUAAUAAUGGCAACAUCUGCUUUUCUUCUACCUUUCCAGCCAUUAAUGGUUUCAGCUGUUCACACAGGCAUGAUGGAGGUUGCAUUUGCGAAAAGAGCAUUUACAAAACCAGAGCUGAGGAUGGCACACAACUUGCAUAAGAUGUCAUCCAUCCUAGGAGGUGCGCUUUUUAUUGCUGAUGAUUUAUUCCCAAGCACUCCAUACAUUCAUGCUGCAUGGCAUCUUGCUGCAGCAGUUGGUGUUGGGACCUGUAACAAACUUCUUGAGUAGAACUGCCCCGAGGGCUUGUUCUACCUCUACGGUGCAAGUAUCCUCCAUCACGUGUGUAUUUCAAAUCAAUAAAAUGUAUAUGCCAUUGUUUCAAGAAGAAGAAAACAAUCUUUUAUAAGAUCUAUUCGUUAAGAAAUGCAUUAUAGCUUUCUAA